UGGCCGCCGUAUCGUCUGAAAUGCUUUCGAACGAUGGGUCGUUUAAGUGUCUGGACUGUCUCACCGUCAAAGUGUCAUCUUGACGACACGAUAUAAUGCCUCAAUUAAUGCUGAUGUACGACAAAAGAUGAUCAAGACUUCACCAAGAUUUGCCGAUGGCAAACCGGACGUCGAUAAGGCCAAACGAAUCUACAGACUGGCAGUGGAAACGGUCCGACGGCUUGAUGAUAUAUCUCGGCAAAAGAAAGCGUACAGGGAUGUUUUCAGACAAGAUGCUGUGGGCCUGAGAACAAGGCUUAAGGAGUACUGCGAGCGGCUGAUGUUCUACGACCCAGCCCUCUAUGGCCGUAAAGCAGAAGAAGUGCUCUGGAGAAAAGUCUUUUAUGACAUCAUCCAGCUGGUUAAACACAAUAGGCGGCAUAUUCGUGCUAAUAGUUCUGUGGAGAACGCCUUUCGUACACACUUAGCUGCAGCCAGUGGCUACUACUAUCAUCUCCUCUUCAGACUGCAGCAAGAAUUCGCACUUCACUUUGAUGGAAUUUUGGACUUCUACCUCCUGCCGCCAUCAAAACCAGGUAGCAGAUUUCAGACUCACAGAAGGAAGGAAGGUGAUAAGGCCAUUAAGGAAUGGGCCACAAAGGCCUGCCAUAGGUGUCUAGUCUACCUGGGAGACAUUGCCAGGUACCAGCAGACCUAUGAUGAAGGACUAAGCUGUGUGACAGCAGAGCGUUACUACUACCAGGCUCUCGCACUGUUCCCAGAUCUAGGAAUGCCUCACAAUCAACUGGGCACUAUGGCAGGGUCCCGACACUACAGCUGUGAUGCUGCUUACCACUACAUUCGCUGCUUGGUGUCAGAACUGUCAUUUGAAGGAGCAGGAGGGAAUCUGGACAGAUUGUUUGAGAAGAUCUCCAAGCGUCUCCAUGAAUUCACAGUGACCACACCAAGAGAUCUACCUCCACAACAACAAAGGCAGCGAGAUGUGAGACGGUUCUUAGUCAGGUUCAUGUAUCUGCUCAGCAUUUUCUACAAGGACUCAGACAGUUGUGAGGGCUAUGAGGUACAGGAGCAGUGUCAGCGCACCCUCCAGGAUUUUGACCUCUGCAUGUUUUAUGAGAUAUCCGGGGACCUUGAAGAUGGCACGGAUCAUAAACCCACAUACCUCGAUGACGAUCUGGUUUUUAGAAUUUUUGUGAUGUGCAUGGCCACAAUUUAUUACCAACAGAAAAAUGGUUCUCGCCAGGUGGCCGCCUCCAUUGCCUUCCUCCUUGCCCUGGUGUCUCACAUUUUGAACCAUGUGAUAAGUCGCCUCCAGAGGGCACUGCAGGAGGUGGAAAAUCCUGUACACCUGCCAUCGGUUGAUGCAGAGGAGUUUCAACUAGGGUCCAGCAGCUCUAGGUCAUGGAAAGAGGCAGGGGAGGAGGAGAGCUCACAGAUCGGAGGUCAGGACCACGGGCCAGGCUCCAAACACAACCAGAAAAAGCGGAAAGCGGGCAGACUCCGAAGCUUGCGUAGACGUCGUCAUAGAAACAGUGAAAGUAGUGAUGAUUCCUGUAGCAGUUCUUUGGAUGAUUCAGAUCUUAGUGAAGGAGGAGAAGGAAGUGAUGAUGGCCAGUCUCUGUCUGAAGACUCGGAUGACUUCAUUGACUGUUUCGCUCCUGAUUCUGACUCGGACUUUGAGGAAAAUCUCAACAAGCUUGACAACAUACCAAAAAGUGUCAAUGGAAUUUCUCAUCCAAGAGGGUCCGGUAACCCGCUGGCCAACAGGGCAGACGGCACACAGUCAUCAUCCACAGACAACUUGUACAACAACAAUACAGACUCUUGCUCCUCAUUGGAGGCAGCCAGUGAUGGAUCCCUGGGAACUGAUGACCAGAUGAAAAGGUCAAAUGUCUGGAACAAGGAAUCUGACCAGAACCUAAUUGUCCUCUCUUCGGAACUCUUCACUGCGUCUUCCUCCUCGGCUAUUCUAGGUCAGGGGCAUAGAAACAUGAGCACACCACUUGACAGUGGCAGCAAUCCUCCUGUUGGUGAUGGAAUAACCCGUGUCUGUAACACCCACAGAAGGACAGACUCUGUUGAACUUGAGCAGAAGUUGGCCAGCUUUGUAAUAGAAACAGACACAGAGACUGUGAUGCCCACUGAUGCUGAGUUAUCCCCUUGUCAGAGUGACAGUGAUGCCGACACAGAGAUAGACGAGGACAGUACAGACAAGGCCACAGCUCAGCAGCAACAUCUUGCCAACCUGCUUGAGGUUAUACAAAAUGAAAAACUACUUCCAGUUGUUAAAGUAGCCUGUGAUUGGAUGAAAUGCCAUGGUCAUGUGAUCACAACAUGUGCUCAGAGUUCUCAGUCCUUGUGGAGCAGACUUGCUGUACUUCUCAACUUCCUUCCUACCAAAGAUCAGCUGUUACAAGGUAACGAUUUCAUGCAUCACUGUAACAGUUUAUACGCUACAGUGUACACCACCCGUUUGGUAGAUUAUCAUACUACCCAUAUCAAAAUAAGUAACAGUAUAUAUAUAUAUAAUUCCUGUACUGAUGAGAGUGACAUUUUGAGGUUUGCUAGCAUGCCCUGUGCACAUGUCUGCCAACCUGAAGGCAGUCUUAGAGACAAGUGGAGAGAGUCGCUGGCAGCAAUGCUUCCCCUGGUGGAGGACAUCAACCUUCAGUGCUUCGUGCCUCUACAAGAGCUCCAUGCUACCAUAGACUUCUCCCUCUGGAGUCAGGCUGUGGUUAAGGAUGACAUGGAGGCACUUCUGCGCAUCGCCUGCCUCAGACAGUUUGGGCAUUACCUCUCCAGUCUCACAGGUGUCGAAUUCUUCUUCCAACCAGAGGAGAAGGAAUUUCUAGGCCCCGCCCAGUCUCAUCACUCAGCAGAAGAGAAAACAAAGCAGGAUAACUUGGUACGUGAAGAAACCCGCAGGAAUCAGCUGAUGAGAGAUAUGGCCCAGCUUCGUUUACAGGCUGAGGUGAGCCAAUUGGAGGGCUCCCUGCAAUCUGAGAACACACCCUCAUUCCCACCCUACCUGAUUCCUGACACCAAGGUGCUGUGUGAUCACCUGCCUGUGUUUAAACACCUCACUCAGUCAGCCAGGUGUAUCAUCAUCAUACCUCUCUCAGUCAUUGAUACCUUAGACUUCAUCAAGAAAGAGAGUGCUGCAGCCAGAGAGGUCAUCAGGUGGCUAGAAGUUGAAUUGCGCAAAGGCAACAGAUACAUCCGUGCCCAGAAGGCCAAAGAGAAGGCUGGACCUCCCCCAAAGAAGACACUGAAGAAGGAAAACAGAGAAGUGUGGUGUCUACAUGAGCUGUUGAGUUGCGGUCAGUACUUGAACCAGCAAACUGGUCAGCUGGUCAGUAGUACCAUGGUGACGGUGUUGACCACUCACGAAUUGAAUAGCCUGGAAAACAUGGUCAGACUCAAACCAUUGCUGACCAUGUGCAAGCAACAGGGCAUCGGUAUUGAAACAAUGGAUGCAUUUGAGCAAAAAUGGAAGACGUUCUGGGAAGGAAAAGGUUGAGAUUUGUGGAAAAGCAGACAAACAGAAUUGGACAGUCUCACUAGAACAUCUGCAUGGUGUACAGCAUUUGCCACCAGUCAUUGACUUACCAGGACUUUACCGCAAAAGCAGGUAACAUUAACGAAGGCGGGCUAUAAGGCAUAGAGACUUUGCCUUAACCUUGUCGUGAAACCUACAAGGGGACGUCGAUCUGGAAUGAAGCAUUCUGCCAAACACAGGAAAGCAUGAAAUUGUCAGAGAAAAUGUCAGACCCUAUGAGGAUGCUGUAAAGCCAGAUUGUGACAUUUCAUUUGCGUGAUACAUGUAUUGUGAUGCUUGGUGGACACGUCCUUUAGGUGUCAGGAGAAAUUGAUUGAUGCUUGUGAUUGGCUUCUCAUAGGACAUUACCUGCCUUACUGGUCUGGCUGUCCACGGCCUGUGGUGCUGUUGUUGACAAUCUCGGAACAGAUAUAUUUUUCACAUCUUCACAGAGAAUGAAAACCCCAAGGUCUCAUGAUUUGUAUUAUCAUACAGUUAACUAUCUCCUAUUUCUUUUCUGCCAGUGGGAAUGACAGAAAUCAUCUGCAGUGAAGACUUGUUCAAGGGCAUCAGUUGUGGAAAGCUGUUUUACACUGAUGGUACAUGUUACUAUUGGAGGUUCCUACACCAUAUAACUGACAAGGGUGAAACAAGAUUCAGCUGCUAUCCAGUCUGUAUGUGGUUUUGUGCCUGUAAUGGUAACUCUGUACGAGUCAUAAUGGCCUCCUCUCUCACAGUGAUAAAUAGUGUUCUGUUCUAAGGCAAAACUUGACUCCAGAAACUCGAAGUCUAGUUUUCUGAAACGUGUAGAGUAUGAAGCUCAUUAUACAACAUAAUGUGAAAAGUUGGCAAUGUUAUCCUUGCGCCUGAUGUUUGCAUUGUUAUCACUAAAUGUGAUCCAAGAAAUCAUACCUCUAAAUCUUAAUUUGCAAUGGUAUAACUAUAUCUUAUGUUGGCAGUACCAUUAUUGAAUCUGGUUUGGCAAUGUUGUCACUAUACCUGAUGUUGGCAAGGUUGUCACUAAAUCUGAAUUUGGCAAUGUUAUCACUAUAUUUUAUUUUAUUAGUCCUGUCUCUAUAUCUGAUGUUGCGGAACAGGUGGUCAGUUCCCUAUAAUAAACCCUCAAGCUGUUGGACUGGUCUCAAGUGAGACGUAAUCCCUGGAUUAGAGUUAAGCCAGUUUAAUAUGAUCCCAAUCAUCUGUCGGGAGAGGUGUAACGUGUAUUUAUAGUCGAUUAGUGUAAGUGCAUUGCUCAGCCCUUAGCCCCUUAACUAGGAACUGAAGCUGUCACGACCAUCCAUCAGUUACAGACUGUCCAUCUACCCAGGAAAUUCGGAGACUGAUUUGGAAAGGACUUACAAGCCCAUAGGUUUUGUAUGAUUAAUACAAGAAUUGUACCAGGCUUUUGUUUAUUAAAAAAUAAAUAUGUUUAAAGACAUAAUUCUUUCAAUCAUCAGGCUAUUGGCUUUCCAUUAUCCCCGUCAGAAAUGAAUUCUUCAAAAGAUUCUUUACCUUUUUGACAUGACGAACACAUAAAAAAGGAAGUAAGAGUCAGUAGUGAAACCACAGAAAACUACAUGUAUAUCAAAAUAUUUUUCAAACAUUUAACUGCAUUUUAUUAAGGCAAAAACCCCUAAAGGUCAGAAUGUUUCUGGCAUGUUCAGUUUAUGCACAUGUCUCAGUGGUGAGUAGAAAUGAAUGACAAAGUUGUAUGAAAUUUGUAUUGACAAGAAGUUCUGAAUUGUUUACACGCUGUGGAUUUCAAGGUAAAAUACCUGCCUUUUAAAUGAAGUUUCCUGAUAAAGAUUGCAGCAUCUUUGUUUUGAAGGAAGUUAUAAUGAUGUUGAGCCCAGUCUUCACUGCUGUCAUCUUUAAGUUCAGUGCAUGUAGUUUUCAGCAUUGUCAUGUUGAAGUUACAUGUAAGCCAAGUCUUAAGCAUUGUCAUGUUGAGGUUGAGCUCAGUUUUCAGGAGUGUCAUGUUGAAGUUACAUGUAAGCCAAGUCUUAAGCAGUGUCAUGUUGAAGUUGAGCUCAGUUUUCAGGAGUGUCAUGUUGAAGUUACGUGUAAGCCAAUUCUUAAGCAUUGUCAUGUUGAAGUUACAUGUAAGCCAAGUCUUAAGCAGUGUCAUGUUGAAGUUACAUGUAAGCCAAGUCUUAAGCAGUGUCAUGUUGAAGUUGAGCUCAGUUUCAGGAGUGUCAUGUUGAAGUUACAUGUAAGCCAAGUCUUAAAUAGUGUCUUGUUGAAGUUACAUGUAAGCCAAGUCUUAAGCAGUGUCAUGUUGAAGUUGAGCUCAGUUUUCAGGAGUGUCAUGUUGAAGUUACAUGUAAGUCAAGUCUUAAAUAGUGUCUUGUUGAAGUUGAGCUCAGUUGAUCAGUGCAGUGUCAUAUUGAAGUUGAGAUCAGCUUUCAGCAUUGUCAUGUUGAAGCUGAGCUCAGUUUUCAGCAGCCUCAUGCUGAAGUGAAGCUCAGUUUUCAGUGGUGUCAAGUUGAAAGUAAGCUCAUUUUUUGCAGUUUCAUUUUGAAGAUGGGCUGAAUUUUCAUAUGUUAAGUUUCCAACAGACUUCUCCACAUAAUUGCUAUAACGACGAACUGGCUGAUGUCCGUACUGCUUUUGGUGCAGAAUUGAUGGUAACUGUGGAAUUUUCAUGUGCUUGUAUGGUAUAUCACACUGUUCACAUGUGACCUAAUGCCAUCACAUAUAUAUGUAUGAGGUAUGAAGAAAAAAGGUCUUCCUGAAGGAUAGAAACUAAGAUUAAUUAUACCACUAUAUCAGGUCGUAUAUGUUGUCAGUGUUGUACUUUCGUCUCCUCUAGCGGGUAAAAGUCAUGUCUGAAAGCUUCGGGGACCUGAGCAUUGCGUAUGAUUCCGGAGAUGGCCGGGGUUUCCUGUUGAAUGCUAGUAUGAUUUGGAGAACGUAACAAUUCCCGCGGGAGCCAUUGUUUUCCAUUAUUGUCUGACUGCCAGCCUGACUCCCUGGAGCUCGGGGGCUACUUCAUUCUGCCGUCCGUUAUCUCGCUCUCGUCUCCAGCCAGCCACUUAGAUGCUUUAUUGCGGCUGGUUACGGGAGAAUCUCUUAAGCGCCAAUAUGGAAUUAACGGAGCUUCUUUUAAGACUAUUACAGUGGGCUCUCUGCAGGCUUUGUUUCCACUAAUACAGGAUUCCAUUUAGAGCUGGCCACACAACAGGGAUGGAGGAUAUAUCUGGGAUCUAGAGAGCCGGCUACCCUUGAUAACUGUGGCGAGAGGUUAUGGUUUAUCCAUCCAGGUGUUCACAGUUAUUUAAGCCAGCCCCCAGGUAGCUGGUUUCGUUUUUACAAGAUAUUUUUAUGCCACUUUGGUCGGCGAGAUGAGUAUUUUGCUUAGAAUAGAUAUCUUUAUAGCGGAUUGCAUCUGCAUUGCCCCGUCUUUUUUUACUAGCACAUAGACAAUACUGGAAACCACCCCCUGAGUAAAUUCUCCACCGGUGGUUAUUUUCGUCCACUUAAUCUUAUAUCAUGUUUUUCAGUAUAUUUUUGCGACUCUUUUCCCCAGAAUAACUGUUUUUUGUUGAAUCAUCAAUCAUACGUAUUGAGUAACCACCAUAAUUUCACAAUAUUUACUGAUCAGCUUUGUGGCGGAAUAUCCACUAUAAUUCUGCGCCUGACUUGAUUUACAUCACACUGACGUGGGUUUUCUUAAUGAAUUGUCGAUAGUGUACAACGACCAUGUCUGAGACAACUUGUAAUCUGUCCAACAAUAGUAGGGCUAAAACUGAACUUGUGUUGACAAACAAAUUUAGUACGAUUAUACUUUUCAUUACUCUUUCA